AUGAAUAUAACCUUCAUGAGUGACGCUGAUGUCGGAAAUGCGACCAAAGUUUCCCACCUUAUUACUGGAGGUCGUAAUCAACGAACAUACGUACGUCGGAAUGUCACGGGAACCCUGGCAGCAAUAAGCAAGCGUCGCGCUAAAAAACGUUACCCGUUAACAUUCACUUUUGACUGCCCACCUGCCAACCAAAAAGCAAGGUCUUAUGUUUAUUGGCAGGAUUGGAAGAAGCCUAUCAAUUGCCCCAGUAUCCUUUGGCCAGACAGUCAAGUUACCUUGGAACUCUACACAAAGUCGGUUUUAGAUGUGAUCAAUAAAUAUACCACUCGCAAGUUAAUUCCGCGUUCGUUGUAUGGGUUUCCAGAGGAUCCGGCUUGUCCAAGCUUUUUAAACCCACAGCGUGAUUCCGCCAAAUGUUGUCUUUUUAAGUACUCACUGGAUGUUAUGCAGAUGAGAGAAAAUCGGGGUCUAGACUUUAUCGUAUAUCCGAAAUAUCUACCGCUAAAUAUGUGUCACGGACGAUGUGUGGAUGUAGCCGGGCUAACAGGUGACUACCACAAUGUAUUGCUUAACGAUUUUUAUCGCUCAUUGUCCGCUACCGACAAACAGAAAAUCGACGGUUAUAUGCCUUGCUGUUCGGCAAAUGCAACUGCAAGUUUUACCUUUUAUGUGGCAGUCGACAAGGACAAUCUAGAAAAGACGGUGUGGCCUCGAGCGAUCAAAACGAGUUGUGCUUGUUAUUGA